AUGAGUUUUAUCUGGCUUAUAUGCGAAGAAAUAUUGACCAACUCUAAUUCCAUUCUGAAGAAUGGAUAUCCACAUGGCUUAGUUAAGUAUUAUGCCAGUGGAUCUUCUUCUCAAAUAAUUAAUGGAACCUUACAAAAAACUAAACCAGAGUAUGCAUUUGAUCAAAUCAAUAAGAAUUAUGAUUGGUGUUCAAAUUGUGGCCAUUCAUCUACUGAUUUCCCAUGGCUUAUUUUAGAAAUUAAGGACCAGAUCAUGAAGUUAAAUGGAUAUUACUUAAAGGCAGGCUGCUGCAGUGGAUCUUCUGCAGGAUGCUGCUGUUAUGAAUCUGCUUCUUAUUGCUGCUAUUGCUGCCUUUUUUCCUGGUCUUUACAGGUUUCUAAUGACAAUACAACAUGGAAGACAGUCCAUAAAGUGGAAAAGGAUUAUGACAUGGCAUACUGCAAAGAAAAGACUUACAAAUUUAGCGAAACUCAUGAAGCCAGGUACGUUCGCUUAAUUCAAGAUGAAAGCUGCCCUGGAGAUCCACCAUGUAUCGCUAUCAAUAAGAUCGAACUUAUUGGAACAACUAACAAAGGAAUGCCACUUGAAGAUUUCUUUAGUGAUAAUGAAGAAGAUGAUGUGAGCAUCAUUGGCCAUAUUGCAAAGAAUCAUGCAAAUUAA